AUGACUAUCCACGCCCUGGGCCAAGAGCUCGUCUUUUACGGCACCUCAUACGUACAGGGCGAGGCUUCAGGUCAACUUAUUGCAAGUGACGUGGAGCUAAGCUUCUGGGGCGGUGUAAGUCCUCAUACCAGCGAAAUUAUUGAUCGACAUCACCCAUUGAGCGGGCAUCAUCUUCAUGGCUCUGUACUUGCCAUUCCGGGUGGCCGUGGCUCAUGUACUGGGAGCACUGUAAUGCUCGAGAUUCUUCUCUCCGGCAAGGCACCCUCGGCACUGGUGUUUGAGCGGAGGGAAGAUAUUCUAACCCUGGGGGUGAUUGUCGCGGAGGAGAUCUUUGGAAAAUCCAUUCCUGUUGUGACGCUCGAUCCAAAAGAUUUCCGAGAGCUGCUCAGACACAAUGGACGACAUAUUCACAUUGAAAAUGAUCAAGUUUCAACGAGACAUAUGUUUCCUUCGAAAAGCAAGUUUCCACCAAGUACUCAAAUAACGAAUAUUCUGGCGAACGAAAUCGAUCUCACAGAUUUUGACAAAGCCCUUCUCGAUGGUGCUCAUGGCGACGCCGCCCGUGCAGCAAUGCGAAUAGUCGUGCGGCUAGCAAUUGUUCUUGGGGCAACGGAAUUAAUGGAUGUUACACAGGUCCAUGUAGAUGGGUGCAUCUACACGGGACCAGGUUCACUUGCCUUUGCAGAGAAUUUACGGGAUCGCGGAGGCAAAGUGCGUGUUCCUACCUCGCUCAAUUCAAUUUCCGUUGAUAAGAAUCUUCGCCGUGUCCAAGGUGUCAGCGAAGAAUUCAGUACCGCAGCCGGGAAGUUGGCAGACGCCUACACUGAUAUGGGGGCGAGGCCAACCUUUACCUGUGCACCAUACCAACUCGAGACAGCGCCUAAACUUGGAGAACAAGUGGCUUGGGCCGAAUCAAAUGCGGUUGUUUAUGCGAAUAGCGUACUGGGAGCCAGGACUAUGAAGUAUCCCGACUUCCUAGAUAUUUCGAUUGCAUUGACUGGUCGGGCGCCCAAGGGUGGACCUCAUGUUGAUAUUAACAGACUAGCCUCGGUUGUCGUGAAGGCUCCGAAUAUUCAAAAAACAGACAUCGACGACUCCUUCUAUCCUCUUCUCGGGUGUCAGGUGGGGAAAUUUUCCACAAGUCAAAUCCCGGUUGUGGUGGGACUUGAAUCAUUUGAACCGACACUGGAUGAUUUGAAAGCCUUUGGAGCCGCCUUUGCCACAAUAUCCAGUGCUCCAAUGUUUCAUAUAGUCGGUGUGACGCCCGAAGCACCCACUCUUGAUGCUACACUAAGCAAGGGCCUUGUUGUGCGCUCUGUGGAAAUCCACCUGGAUGAUAUGAUCAAAUGCUGGGAGUCUCUCAACGGUGCCUCGGAUCAAAUCGUUGACCUGGUGUCCCUUGGUAAUCCGCAUUUUUCUUUCGCAGAAAUUGAAAAAUUGGCCAGCCUCUGCCGAAACCAUAUCAAGGACAAGAAUGUCGCAGUCAUGGUAACAUGUGGCCGAACGACUUAUGCCUCAGCUUGCACAGCUGGGUUGGUUGAUGAACUCGAGGCAUUUGGUGUUCAGUUUAUCACAGAUACCUGCUGGUGCAUGAUCACCGAUCCAACCAUUCCUGGGUCACAAAAUGCGAUUAUGACGAACUCUGGGAAGUACGCCCAUUAUGGCCCCGGGCUCACUGGAAAGAGCUUUUACUUUGGAAGUCUUGCCAGGUGUGUCGAGGCUGCAUGUGGAGGUGGCUAUGUGAACAUCCGACCGCGGUGGUUGGAGCGAGGUAGAAUCUAG